GAACUACUUGAACUUCAUUAUUGAAGAGCUCAAAGACCCUGUCAGAAAUCUUCCCCUGGCCAUAGCGAUAUCGUGCACUUUGGUCACUGUAGUCUACGUGCUGACCAACAUUGCAUUUUACACGACUUUAUCGCCCGAGGAGAUUUUGGAGUCGAAUGCUGUUGCAGUCACUUUUGCUAACAAACUUUUCGGCCCUUUUGCCUUGUCCAUUCCGGUGUUUGUGGCGCUGUCCACAUUUGGCGCAGUCAACGGGAUCCUUCUUACGUCUUCCAGACUGUUCUAUGCUGGCGCCUGCAACGGACAAAUGCCUGAACUGCUCACAAUGAUCCAAGCGCAAAGGCUCACUCCAGCUCCAUCUGUUCUGGCUAUGGCGUUGCUAUCAAUGCUCUAUUUGACUGUCUCCGACAUCGGAGCCUUGAUAAACUACGUGGGCUUUGCAACUUGGUUGAGUAUAGGGGUUUCGGUCCUCUGCCUGCCCUGGUUGCGUUGGAAGCGUCCAGAUCUGGAACGGCCCAUCAAAGUCAACCUCUUCUGGCCCAUUUCGUACAUUUUAGCAACGAUCUUCGUUACAGUGGUGCCAAUGAUAGCGAGUCCUUAUGAAACAGGAAUGGGCGUUUUGAUGAUACUUUCCUCGGUUCCUGUGUACUUCUUAUGCAUCGCCUGGACUAACAAACCGGUUUGGUUCCAAAGUGGUUUGUGUUUCAUCACGGUGUUGAUUCAGAAAGUUUUGGUGGUUGUUGGUAAGGCUAAGAAAUCGUCGGUGUAAAGCGCACGAAAGGGACAAUGUUUCUUGACAAAAGUUUGAGAAAUGUUGAUGUUUUUCCUUUGCUACAUGUACUAUUUAAUUAAAUAAGAGUCUGAUUGGGAAGUGAGGACUAAUUGGUUUUUUAACUAAGAACUGUCAAGGUUUGGGUUUCUGAGGUUUUUAUUCUUGCUUGGAACUGAAGAGUUUUGGAUCGUGGCGAACAAUCAGUUUUUGAAGUUUUCCACAACGGCCUAAAGCCCUAAAAACUCUUCAAUUUGGCAAGAAUGUUGCUUAG